CAUUCAACACGUCCAACAUGGCAGUCGACAGAGAGUGUUUUCGUCUCUCUAUUCGAUAAAAGCAUAAUAAAAUGGCUUCCAAAGCUUCCGAGGACACGCGUUUCAGCGUAUUGUCAGCUGAAAAUGUCCGACUUUACGCAGAAGUUAUCGGUGUAACAAAACUAGAGGAUAACUUGGCAAGAUCGCUGGCCGAAGAUGUGACAUACCGUGUUCGCCAUUUGUUGCAGACUGCACAGCAAUUCAUGAAACAUGGCAAGAGAAGGCGCAUGACAACCGAGGACCUAAACCGGGCUAUGCAACUUACAAAUGUUGAGCCUGUUUACGGAUAUGGGUCUGGUGAAGACAUGCCUUUCAGAAGCACAUCUACGAAGGAAGGUGAUGUUUUCUUUGUUGAUGAGAAGGAGAUUGGCAUCCGUGAGCUUGCUCUAAGCACAGCAGUCCCCACUGACCCAGGGAAAGUUUCAGUCAGAGCCCAAUGGCUUUGUGUGGAGGGAACACAACUAUCAUCAAAUAAUGGUCAACAUGGAAGAUUGUCAAAAAACAGUGAAAGUGACGGCCAGCAAAAGACCCUUUCUGAGGCUGGACUAGAAUACUAUGAACAAAUCACCAAAGCCGUGCUUGGAGAGAGUGAUGUAUGCAGAAGGAUGGCUUUCAGUGACUUGCAGUCGAAUCCAAAGAUUUCUUGUAUUUUUCCCUACUUUGUGAGCUUUAUUGCAUCAGGAGUAAAAUCUUGCAGUCAUGACCUCAAACAGCUCAGCCGACUGUUGGGCAUGGUCUCUGCACUCACUGAUAACUCUUCGCUGUUUCUUGACCCUUAUGUGAUCCAAUUGGUUACAGCUGUGAUGUACUGCUUGCUAGAGACUCUGACAGUCUCCCUGAAUCCUGUCAAUGACCACUGGCGAUUACGCCGUGAUGCUGCUUGUGUCCUUGCCUUUCUUAGCAGGAAGUGCAGUAAUCCUGUAAACUAUCUCCACCAGCAGCUACUGAUGACACUAAGAGAGGUGCUCACGGACGAAAGCCGGCCUUACUGCUCACAUUAUGGUGCUGUGGUUGGCCUAAUGGAGUUAGGGUCUGAGGCUUUAGAGCAGUUCUUAUUACCACAUUUGAGCACCUAUUGGCAUCAGCUACAGCAAGUUCUUGAGGAUGACAGCUCGUCUAAUGGUGUAUUGCGGGGAGAGGCAAUACAUGUCUAUGCCGCUCUUCUGCAAGCCGCUGGAUGUCUAUUACAGGCCAAUGCAGAAGGAGUCAUCCCACCACAAUCCUACCCUGUAAAUAACUCCACUCACUCCAUGCUCCGCACAACCCUCUCGUCUUGGCCUGGCAUAAGCACAGGGAAUGAGCGACGCCCUGCCCCAAUCUCCUCACAUUCACGAACAUCCCGAUCCAGCUCUGUCUGUCAUAUAUCACCCAGUCAGUGUUACGCCCAGCUGUAUGAGAUAUUUGGGGACAGUUUGUUGCCUUACACUGGAGUCAACAACUGGCAGGACAACGCAACCACAAAGAACCAUUUACAGCGGAUUCAACCAUUUGCUCAUGCAUACUUCCCCCUUAGACCUCUACAGAGGGACACUAUAAUGAUACGGAAACUUAUUGAGAAAGCAAGGCAGAAACACAGUGAGGCAGUUAGAGGGGGGAGGAGCCCACUUAUACUGGGACAUGGAAGCCGGAAGCGGCCUCGCACAGUGGAGGAGGAAGAAUCAUCACAACAUGAAAUAAAGCGAGAAAGGCAUAGCAUGUAUAGUUCGUUAGCUCUUAAGCCUAAGACUUCUCAUUCAUUAGUGGCAGCAGGUGUUUUUGAGUUUGUGUCCCCACCCAGAAAGGUGGCUGAACACAACAAAGCAGGUAAGCGUAAGGGAGGGCGGCAGUGUAAGAGGAAGUCAGCUGAGGUCACAACAAAAGAGGAGCAGAUGGAAGUUGAUGACAAGGGACACCCCUUAACAGGUUCUGUCAUGAGGUUUCGCCGAUCUCAUCCUGUCAGCGCAAACAAGAUGAAGUUCGACUACCAUAUAGGAGUGACUUUGUAGGUUAGUGUGUGCUAUAUCUCUUCCUGUGGCAAUAAGGUUUGUUAUGUUUGAAGUUUGACUACGAUGUGAGUUUAAAAACACCUUAUCAGGGGGACACAGAAGGUGGAUGUCCAUCCCACUUUUUGAGUAAUAAAAAGUCAUGCCUCUGA